CUCUCUCUCUCUCUCUCAUCAGCUAGAGUAUUAAUUUGAUCAUCCAUAUCGAUCGAUCAACACUGCAUCUCUCUCUCUCUGUCAUUCAUGGCUUCCUCAUCCCUACUUGUUUUAUUCUUCCUUUUUCCUUAUUACUAUUACCUUCUCCUCUUUGCACCAGCAGCAGAAGCUGCUGCAGGUACAGCUACAGCUGCAACAAAUCAUCAUGAAAUCCUUCAGCCUUAUGUGGUAUACAUGGGGAGUUCCUCUAGUACUGCCAAUAUUGCUAAUGGAGAAGGAGCAGCCAGUCAUGCAGCUGCUGCAGAGCUGUCUCAUUUGCAAUUAUUAUCCUCCAUUAUUCCAAGGCAGGAGAGUGAGAGAAUAUCUUUAAUCCACUCUUAUAAUCAUGCUUUUAGAGGAUUUUCUGCCAUGCUCACUGAGAGAGAAGCUUCUGUAUUAUCUGGGCGCAGUGAGAUUGUAUCAGUGUUUCCAGAUUUGAUGCUUCAAUUCCAUACCACACGGUCGUGGGAUUUCUUGCACCUAGCAGAAUCUGCUUCUCCAUCUCGUGACUUCCAUUAUCAACAUGGAUCAAGCGAUGUCAUUAUUGGAGUCAUUGACACUGGAAUAUGGCCUGAAUCGCCAAGUUUCAAUGACAAAGGUAUUGGAAAAAUUCCUUUGAGAUGGAAAGGAGUUUGCAUGGAGGGGCCUGAUUUUAAGAAGUUCAAUUGCAAUAGGAAAUUGAUAGGCGCAAGAUACUACGACCUUCCAAAAAUCAAGCGCCACGGCUUCAACACGACGUCGGAUUUGUCCAAUUCCAGACGCAAUGCCAGUGGAUCGCCGAGGGACUCCGUCGGCCACGGCACUCACACAACGUCCAUCGCCGGCGGCGCCGUCCUCAACGCCAGCUACUAUGGGCUCGCGCGAGGCACCGCCCGCGGCGGCCUCACCUCUGCUCGGAUCGCGACCUACAAGGCGUGCUCGGUCGAAGGUUGCUCUGGUUCCACCAUCCUCAAGGCCAUUGAUGAUGCAAUUAACGAUGGGGUUGACAUAAUCUCCAUUUCCAUUGGGAUGAGCGCUAUUUUCCAGAUGGGUUUCUUGAGUGAUCCAAUUGCAAUCGGAGCAUUCCACGCCGAACAGAUGGGCGUCAUGGUUGUGUGCUCCGGCGGCAACGACGGACCCGAUCCUUACACCGUUGUCAACUCCGCUCCAUGGACUUUUACUGUUGCGGCUUCUAAUAUCGAUCGGGAUUUUCAUUCUCUUGUGAUUCUUGGAAAUGGGAAAGCUUUUCAUGGUUCUGCAAUCAAUUUCUCUAACCUCACUCGGUCCGAGAGAUAUCCCCUUGCAUUCGGAGAGGAUGUUGCUGGUACAUUCGCCGCUGUUUCGGAUGCAAGGAACUGCUAUCCUGGAGCGCUAGAUUCAAAAAAGGUAGCGGGCAAGAUAGUAGUUUGUGUUGACAGCAUCCCAAGUGUUUCGAGGCAAAUCAAGAAAUUAGUUGUAGAAGAUGCUAAAGCCAAGGGACUGAUUCUAAUCAAUGAGGACAAAAUAGGUUGGCCGUUUGAUUCAGGCGUUUUUCCCUUUGCAGAGGUUGGGGAUACUGCAGGGCAUGAAAUUCUCAACUACAUUAACUCAACCAAGAACCCAACUGCUACAAUCCUCAAGACAGUUGAUGUGCCGAGGGUCAGACCAGCACCAGUUGUUGCAUAUUUCUCAUCCAGAGGUCCUGGAGGGCUUACAGAAAAUAUUCUUAAGCCUGAUAUAAUGGCUCCAGGAGUCGCCAUUUUAGCAGCAAUGAUUCCACAAAGUGAGGCAGGCAGCGUUCCAAAAGGGGAAAAACCAUCAAGAUUUGGCAUAAAAUCGGGAACGUCAAUGGCUUGCCCUCACGUAACUGGAGCUGCUGCAUUCAUCAAAUCAGUGCACCGCCAAUGGAGUUCUUCCAUGAUUAAAUCAGCGCUUAUGACUACAGCUUCAAUAUCAAAUAACAUGGGGAAAUCCUUGACAAACAGCUUUGGCAAGAUUACGAAUCCACAUGAGAUCGGUGUUGGGGAAAUAGACCCAGUCCGAGCUCUGAAUCCAGGUUUGGUAUUUGAAACCACAACAACAGAUUAUUUGCUCUUCCUUUGCUAUUGUGGCUACUCCCAGAAAAAUAUACGAUCCUUGUCGAACACAAACUUCAACUGCCCAAAAGCCUCCUACGAUGAACUUGUCUCUAACAUCAACUACCCAUCAAUCUCCAUUGGGAAGCUCAAUCGGCAUGGAGGUGCUAAAAUGGUCAAAAGAACUGUGACAAAUGUGGGAUCUGCAAAUACCACCUACACUGCCACAACUCAUGCUCCAGUGGGGUUUGUAGUUCAAGUUCUUCCCAAGAAGAUUGUUUUCAAGGAGGGUUUGACAAAGGCAUCUUUCAAAGCCUCCUUCUAUGGAAAGGAAGCUCCAAAGGGUUAUAAUUUUGGAUCAAUUACAUGGUCUGAUGGACUGCACACUGUUCGCGUUGUUUUUGCUGUUAAUGUAGAAUAAAAAUUGAAAAUUUUAUUGUGAGAAGUGGGAAAUUAUAAUUUUUUUCCUUUUUUUGAGGAAAGUUAUGUGCGAAGAAUCUGAAAUUAUUGGAAGUUCUAGUUGUGAUA